AUGAUGUCCUCCGCCAACGAGGAGGAUCCCUUCCUCCAGGUCCAGCAAGAUGUCCUCGCCCAGCUGGAUUCCACCCGGCCCCUAUUCACCUCCUACCUCCGCAUCCGCUCCCUCUCCACAUCCCCGACGUCCCCCGAACUGGCCUCCGCCCGCUCCGACCUCGAAUCCGCCCUCGAGUCCCUCGCCGAAGACCUCGCCGACCUGGUUGAGUCCGUCAAGGCCGUCGAGUCGGACCCGGCCUCCUUCGGCCUCUCCGCGUCCGAGGUCACCCGCCGCAAGAGGCUGGUCCAGGAGGUCGGCGGCGAGGUGGAGGACAUGCGCGACGAGCUGGCCAAGAAGCUCGGCGACGCCGCCGCAUCGUCAGCCGCAAAGGGCAAGGGAGCCUCGUCGGACCUGCCGGACCCGAGCUCCUUCGCGAUACCCGACGGCGACGGCGGCGACGGGUACGCCGAGUUCGAGCAGCAGCAGCAGCUCGAGAUGAUGCGCCAGCAGGACACGCACCUCGACGGCGUGUUCCAGACGGUGGGGAACCUGAGGCGGCAGGCCGACGACAUGGGCCGCGAGCUCGAGGAGCAGCGCGAGAUGCUCGAGGUCGUGGACAGCGUCGCGGACCGCGUCGGGGGCAGGUUGCAGACGGGCGUGCAGAAGCUGAACUACGUCAUGCGCCGGAACGAGGAUCGGUUGAGCAGCUGCUGCAUUGCGGUGCUCAUCUUCGUGCUCAUUCUGUUGCUCGUUUUGUUGCUGAUACUAUAG